AUGACUCUUGAACUCACCCCCCUUUACGUGGGUCGGUCAACCUCCUCUACUGUCAAUCCCCCGAGCCGCCGUCCGGACAGAUUCACUCCCUCAAGCCAUCUGAGGCCGCACCCACCUCUUCAGGGCCGCAAAGACCAACAAUUUACCACACUGCAGGACAUCCUCUCGCCCUCCGAAGCCUCCAUCAUCACGCAGGACAAUUCGAGCAGAAGCCCAACCGUUCGCAAUAACCACUUCCACGUUGUCAAGAAGUUCCUCGAAGCAGCCGCAAAUGUGAAUCCUCGAGAUUCGCGGAGCAGACGCUGGAAUUUGGUUGGUGGAGAGGGUGAGAAGAACGCUGGGAUGGAUAAGUAG